AUGACUGUCCUGGGGAAACGGAAGAAGCCUAAGAGCGCAAUCUCCCAAGAAGAUGCCGAGGCUAUCUUCCGCCGCCACUUCGAAUCUCAAUUCCAACCGAUCGACGAGGCCGAGUCGAAAAAGAAGUCUGCAAAAUCUCAGGAUACCGAUGACAGCGACGACCAAUCCUCCAGAUCUGGAAGCGAUGAAGAUGGGGACAGCCAGGAGGAAGAGGAUGCAGAAGGCGAAGAAUGGGGCGGUUUAUCAGGCGACAGCGAGGACGAUGACGAGAUUGACGACGAAGAUGACGACGAGCCAGCAAUAGAAGUAAUAGACCAUUCACAGCCACGGGUCCCAAACCCGGAAGCCAUGUCAAAAAGCGAACUCAAAGCCUUCAUGUCCUCCAGACCCCCCGACCAAUCCGCCGGGUCCAAACCAUCCCCAGCAACCGCCGCCUCGACCAAAUCCUCCACCACCCUGCCCGAAGACGCCCCCUCCCUACUGGCCCAGGACCUCGAGCUCCGUCGCCUCCUCGCCGAAUCCCACCUCCUCGCGUCCCCGACGCUGACCAACACGUCCGCCCUCACCGGCGCGGAGCCCAAGCUCUUCGCCGCCGGCCGCGUCCGCCGCAAGGCCGCCGACCUGCGCAUGCAGGCCCUCGGCUCCAAGGAGUCCAUCCUCAAGCAGCAGAAUAUGCCCAUGAACAUGCGCAAGGGCAUCAACGCCGCCGCGGCCGCCCGCGAAGCCAAGCGCAGACGGGAGGCAAAGGAGAACAACGUCAUCCUAGAGCACGAUACCGCCAAGAAGAGGAGGAAGAGGGAUCGCGGAAGAGACGGGGAGGUCAACGGCCCCAGCGUUGGCCGGAUGAGAGGCGCAGAGCUGAGGAUCAGCGACAGGGACGUGAGGAGCAUAGAGGGUACCCGAGAUGUAUUUGGACGCAAGGGCGGCAAGGGCAGGCGGCGAUAA